AUGUGGUGGGGUGCGAUGAAGGUGUGUGAGAAGUUUGAUACUGAGGAAGAGGUGGAGAAGCAAGGAAAGGUGAUACAGCAACGGAGGGAUAUGAAGAAGGUUAACGUGUUGUGGAGGAAUUUGGCUUUGCAGAGACAACAGAGGGAUAAGGAUAAGGUGCUAAGGAAAGGAGCGUUGGAUUCUCUCUCUUCGAGAUGGAAUGAUGAUGAAGCAGAUGCCGACGAUAAAGUGGCAAUGGGGGUCGAAGUGGAGGACAUCGAAGAUGAAGAAGAUACAGAGUUGGACGAGUUUAAUGCCCUGGAUGUGGGCGAGAGGCUUGAGAAGGUGGUGGAGUACUUGAGGAGUACUUACCACUAUUGCUUCUGGUGCAAAUACAGGUAUGCUGAUGAGACCAUGGAGGGAUGUCCUGGUUUGACCGAGGAGGAGCAUGAUUAA